AUGGGGCUCGCUUCCCGUUUUCUCCGCAUUCCGCGGCCAGAGUCCUUUCUCCAUGUGAUGAGCUUAGAGACCGGUGCUUCAUUGAUCACCUUGUCGCUACUUUUGAAUAAAAUCAGUGGCUUUUAUGGCCUGCUGGCCCUCUUGACCGGCUACCACCUGUCCCCCGUACAACUGUCAAUGUACCUUUGGUCCCUCGUCGCCCUUGCACUCGCCGCACUCCUGUUCCCACACAUUCGCAAACAGUCGCCUCUACAAUGUCUCGCUCUCACCUACCUCUAUGUUUUCGAUAGCCUGAUUAACGCCGCAUACACUGCCGCCUUCGGUGUGACUUGGUUCUUGGUAGUAUCGCAACAUUACGACAGUGGCAAAGCCACGGGUCCAGGGGGCGACACGAUCGCCCAGACUGCUGGCUUCACCAGCCCCAAGUACGAUGCCGCCUACGUCGAAAUCCAGAACACAAAAGAUGGAAACAACUUCGUCGCCCAUCCCCCGCGUGCCGCCGAAGAUCUCAGCAAUGUCGUCCUCCAGCCCGAGAGUAUUCCGAGCAUCAUCUUCAUCGCCCUUUUGUGGGCCAUCCGCGUCUACUUUGUUCUAGUGAUGCUCGCUUUCGCACGCCAGGCCCUCCGUCUCUGGGUGGCAGUUCCCCGGCACACCCAACUCCCGACCCACAGCCGCAACGUUUCAGUCGCCAGCGUCGCCGAUAUUGAUCGAGAGCCUUUCUCCCCCUAUAGCCCCGAAGGUCAGGGCUGGCAGGGCAAACUCGGUCGCAUAAUGGUCAGCAUCGGCCACAGCUAUUGGCUUGGCGAAGAGGAGGACGGCAACUGGCUCAGUGGCAUCAACCACAAGUUCCGCCGUUCGAACAACACGGAGCUGCCUGGUGCGCUGGAAAGAGAGAGGAGACGACGUUCUGGAACAGGACCUCCACAACCGUCGCCAUCUAUUGUUCGAUCUACCGUCCUUCAGCAGCCAAUUCCUGAGAAUUCACCUGGUGGCAUGAAUGUCAAGAUGCAGGAUUGGAACGCACCUCGAUAA